AUGGCCGACGACGAAGAAAUCGCGGUUUACGACGAGGUCGAGAUAGAAGACAUGACCUUUGACGAGACGCUACAGAUUUAUCACUAUCCUUGCCCGUGUGGCGAUCGAUUCGAGAUAUCGCUCAUGGACCUUCAAGACGAGGAGACAGAUAUUGCUGACAAUCUGCCAAAGCCCGAUUCCGACCCUCCGGCUCCUGAAACUUCUGAACAUCAAGUACCCAUCGCCGCCUAA